AUGAACGACCCAAGCGUCCGUAUGACAAUCAACUUCCGCGAACGCUGUAGAAUGCACGAUCUCAACGAAGCACUCGACGACCUUCGCCAAUCCAUUCCUUAUGCUCACGGAACGUCGGUGCGGAAAUUGUCCAAAAUAGCCACGUUGCUCUUGGCACGGAAUCACAUUGUCAUGCAGGUAAAUUUUUGGGCAAAUAAUGUAAAUAUAUACUAUAGUAUAUGUAUACUGCAUAGCUAAUACACUCUUUUUUAUUAUUUUUUUUUUUGUUUUUUAUUCUGAUCUUUCAGGCCAACGCGAUUGAGGAACUUCGACAGACCGUAAAAGAGCUCAAGGAGAAAAUCCAAAGCCUUGAGGCCGAGAAACCGGGUGGUCCUUCGGCUACGGCGUAA